AUGCGUUAUCGAAUAAUAGUGGAUGAAAUCACAGCAUCGCGAGUACCUGAUCUGGGUAUCACUGAGGCACCACCGGUUCUGUCUUGCAGACCCCAGGGGGAGAUGGGGCGUCUCGAUCUAGCUCAUGAUGGUUCUGGCAUGGGAGGGGCGUGGACAAAGGGUGGAGAAAACACCUCUGCGGGAGGUCAUCCCAGCCUCAAACUCGAACCCGCAGUUUGGAGGAAAUGGCCGAGGCGGAUCACAGAAGCCGGUCGUUCUAGGAAUAUUAACUUGGAUCCGCACCCGUGGCUGAGUGUGGAGUUAGAGAGGAAUAUCUGGCCACAUUCUUACCCAUUCUAUGAUUUAUGUUUUUGUUUUUUCGUAGGGUUUCACCUGAUCCCCCGUCUGUCCAACAUUGUACCAGAGAGCUGCCUGUUGAUCACAGUGGGUUUGCUGGUGGGGGGGCUUAUCAGGCUAGCUGGAGAGAAAGUCCCACCCGUUCUGAACUCCCACUUGUUCUUCCUCUGCCUGCUGCCGCCCAUCAUCCUGGAUGCUGGCUACUUCCUGCCCAUUCGCCCCUUCAUGGAAAACCUGGGCACAAUUUUAAUGUUUGCCGUGGUGGGCACCGUGUGGAACUCCUUUUUCAUCGGGGGUCUGUUGUAUGCUGUAUGUCAGAUCACACCUGCUCCCUCCAGCCUCCACCAACUGGAACUGCUGCCUUGCCUGUUGUUCGGUUCCAUCAUAUCAGCGGUGGAUCCCGUCGCCGUGUUAGCUGUUUUUGAGGAGAUCCACAUCAAUGAACUCUUGCACAUCCUGGUGUUUGGUGAAUCACUGCUCAAUGACGCUGUCACUGUGGUGCUGUACCACCUUUUCGAGGAGUAUUCAGGCGUUGGCACGGUGACAGUGUUGGACGGCGUCCUCGGAGUCAUCUCAUUCCUGGUGGUGUCUCUUGGCGGCGUCCUAGUCGGAGCUAUCUACGGGAUCCUGGCAGCCUUCACCUCACGCUUCACCUCCCACAUACGGGUCAUCGAGCCACUUUUUGUCUUCGUGUACAGUUACAUGGCCUACCUGUCAGCGGAGAUGUUCCACCUCUCUGGCAUCAUGGCGUUGAUUGCGUGUGGGGCAGUGAUGCGACCCUAUGUGGAGGCCAACAUAUCACACAAGUCCCACACCACCAUCAAGUACUUUCUGAAGAUGUGGAGCAGCGUCAGUGAGACCCUGAUUUUCAUCUUUUUGGGUGUAGCUACAGUCGACGGAGACCAUUCCUGGAACUGGACCUUCGUCACCGUCACCGUCAUUCUGUGCCUGGUGGCACGGGUCAUAGGCGUGGUCGGUCUGACCUAUGUGAUCAACAAAUUCCGGAUUGUCAAACUCACCACCAAGGACCAGUUCAUCAUAGCCUACGGUGGUUUGCGAGGGGCCAUCGCCUUCUCCCUGGGCUUCCUGCUGGACAGGGAUGUUUUCCCAAAGAGAGACCUGUUUCUUACUGCCAUCAUCACUGUUAUCUUCUUCACCGUCUUCGUUCAGGGCAUGACCAUCAAACCCCUGGUGGAGUUGUUGGCAGUGAAAAAGAAACAGGAGGCCAAACGCUCGAUUAAUGAGGAGAUCCACACACAGUUCCUUGACCAUCUCCUGACUGGAAUCGAAGACAUCUGUGGACACUACGGACAUCACCACUGGAAGGACAAACUAAAUCGCUUCAAUAAAAAAUACAUAAAGAAGUGCCUGAUCGCAGGCGAGCGCUCCAAGGAGCCGCAGCUCAUCGCCUUCUACCACAAGAUGGAGAUGAAACAGGCCAUUGAACUGGUGGAAAGCGGAGGGGGAGUCAAGCUGCCGUCUGCGAUGCCCUCCACCGUUUCCAUGCAGAACAUUCAGCCCAAGAAGCCUCCUCCUGCUAAGCCUGUGGAGAGGGCUCUGCCUCAGCUGCCCAAAGGCAGAGAGGAGGAGAUCAGGAAGAUCCUCAGGAGCAACCUGCAGAGGACACGACAGAGGUUGCGCUCCUACAACAGACACACACUGGUGGCAGAUCCGUACGAGGACGGCUUCGGUGAUUUACUUAUAAAGAAACAGAAGAUGAUCGAGUUGGAAAAGAAGAUAAAAGAGAUGAAUAACUACUUGACGGUGCCUGCUGCUCCUCCCGACUCCCCGACCAUGUGCCGAGCCAGACUGGCCUCAGAUCCCCAGUCGUACAGUGUGAAGCCAUCCUCAGGCGACGUGCCCACCAUCCAAGUGGACCUGGCCUCCCCUCAGUCCCCAGACUCGGUCAACCUGUUGGAUGAGUUAAAACGGGCCGACCAGCAGAAGCAGGACGAGGACCAGGGCCUGAUGAUGAGGCCUCCAUCGCGAGAGGGCAGAGCUAACAAACAAGGGGAGGUGGAGAGCUCCAAGGAGCAGCAGAAGCUAAUGAGGUGCCUGAGCGACCCUGGUCCCAGCGCAGACGAGGAGGAGGAGGACGAACCCUUCCUGCCUUAGAACGACCCGACGGACGAGGAAGGGGGUCAGUCUGCACCUUCACCCGGUUAGAGAGGAGCGGUCUCCUGCACCGCUCGGCUCUAAACAAUCUCUUUUGGUCCAGUUACCAAACAAGCCAAAACUGCUAAUGCUGUACGAACCCUGAAAACAGAGCGCAAAAGGAGAUUACCGGAGAAGAAAAAGAGCCAUUAGUUUGUUAUUGUCAUUGCUCUUUAUUUUUUUAGACAGGAUUGAAGUGGCAGUCGCUGCUGUCGGAGAGAUUUGGGGGGGGGCUUUAUUGUUGAUAGUCUGAGACAUUCAGGAAAGAACUAUGCAUUACCAAAGGUUUGGACUGUUUUAGUAUUAGACAAUGUCAUUUUUAUUUUCUGCUCAGACUGUAAUUUGGGUUCUUAAUGAUUUUGUGUUUGUGUUUUCAUGUUUAAUUCUGUCUGAAGAGCUGCAUUCUCUGAAGACAUGCUGGCCCUAAAUGUAAUCAACAAAGAUAGCUACUCUACUUUAACGUAGCUUUUGACUUUUUACCAUCGCACUUUGAUUUUAGUCUUUAGGUUGAAGCCUCUUUCACUGAAACUGUUCAUUGUAGAACAUAGAUGAAAUUGCUGGAUAUCCAAACAUGUACAGUGUAGCUAGUUGAAAAUCUUUUUGCCUUAUUUUAUGUCUAAUCUUUUCACUUGGUGCAAUUUAUCUGUCUUUAUCGGGAAAAAAAAAAAACACUUUAAUUUCAGGGGUACUAACAUCUGUUUGUGAUCAGAUGCCAGACGUUCUGUUGGAGUUCGCUGUUCGUUGGAUGUAGGUUUAAUUAAGCUGGAUGUGUAUUUUAAAAGAACCACAGUUCAGACUCGCAGCUCGGAGCGGGUCACGUGGACGUCCUCGCCGUUGUUAGAUGAGAUUUCGUAUCUCGUUGCUUAAAACACACGCAGUCUCACUUUAGUCCGUUUUGUCCUGGGAAGUGGAGUGUUUGCGUAUGAAACAGGCAGUGAUGCAGCACAGAUGUUCUGAUGUCAGUUAGCUAAUUGAAUCCCCGUCCCAGACUUGAAACCACAUGUUCUGUCUUUCUUUCUGUGGAGCUGCUUUUUGUUGUUUUUACCUCGACGUUGUAAACACCCUUUAAAACUCACUGAGAUAUGAGGUACAGAAUUAAAGUAAAUGUCUUAACUGAACUGAACAAGUGCCCGACUUAACCGUAACCUUGAGACCCUUUAUGUUUUCCAUUUUUAAACCACUACGAUUUUAUCAUUUUACUAUUUAAAUUUUUAUCUUUUUUAUUAUUCCGGGUUAGCUCACUAAUUUUCAUUGGAAGUAUUUUACCCCUACAUCACUGUUCUGUAUGUUAAAGCUUCAGUAGGCAAUUUGUUUUAGGCAGUGUCAC